ACCUACUUACUUCAUCUCGCUUCCUUUUUCUCUCAAAAUGAUUUGGCUGCGUCUGCUCGAGGGAUGGGCUGUUGCCCGCCUCCUCUCGAGUCCCACCUUCCACCGCGUCAUCCAGCGCGCACAUAGGCGCUUCACUCACCUGAAGGACGGCACCCCUCUCGAGGAGAUGAAGGAGGCCGACCGUACGAGCAAUCAGCCGUCGCUCCUCAAGCACUUCACCGACGAACUCAAGGCCCAGCUCCGAAACGAACAUAACAAGAAGCACUAACACUGUGAUUUCUAAUAAGAGGGGUGGUGGAACAUCACAGCGACGUUUGACGGAUCGGCGUCUUUACUAGCCAGCCAGUCGGAAACGACGCACCUUAUCCGCGAAUGAAAGACGAAGGCAUGACAUCAUGCAAACAUGGGGAA